UAGAAGCGGGUGAGGCACUGAAAUUCAUUCACAGAAAAAAAUAGAAUGUAGGAUAUCGAUUGACUUGAAUCGCCAUCCUGGAGGUCCGCGCUGCGCAUGCAUGCAUUUCAGUAAGUCUCUCAGUCCUCUCUGCUGGUUGAUCUGGUAGGGUACCAUGGGUUCCUGAAUGCUCUGAGCAUUGUACUCUUUCUCCUGCGGCAGUUGCAAGACUACAGACCUGGAAGUAGUGUACGCAGCAUCUUCACCUUGUCCUGCUUUCAUUCGGACCCCCCCUCCCCCCAGCCCACUGGCCUCUGACUGGAGUCACUGCAGAGGUCAUUUGAGCCAGUGCAUCGUGAGUCUGUUCUGAGUCUACAGCACACAGAUCCUGUUUUUACCAGGUACAAUAUAGUGGAUGUUCCACUCAAGACUCAGGAGAGUGCAUCUUCAGUUUCGGGAGCUCUAAAUAAGGCAGGGAUUAGGAUCUGCAGUCAUAGACUGUUAAUCUUAACAGCAGGGAGUCCCCUGGAAGAGUGAGUGAGUGAGAGAGAGAGAGGGAGAGAAAGACUGAAACGACCUGCUGUUCAGUGUAGUACUCUCAGUCAGGUUUUCUGUGGGAACGAAGAGGUGGGGUCUGGCCACGGGUUCAACUUGGAGCAAGUACAUGAGACACAAAGCGUGGGCAAGAAGACAACAAAGUCAUUCCUGCUUUGUCCUGGAAGAGCAACAACCUUCUCUGACUGUUCCAGUGUGUUUGCUCCAUCCUUCGCAUCCAGCUUCAUCCUGGACAUAAAUUCAAAUUCAAAUGUGUUUUCUUGGCAUGUCCAUAAUAAUACAGUAUUUACAAAGCAAUGGAUUUAGAAUGGACAUAAACAGCAACAGUCUUGUUAUCAGGAGGCAAAGAAAAGCCAUCUGAAUUCAGUCGUCGAGGAGACGGGCUCGUUUGUUUGGUUAAGCAACUUCGUCUACUCUUGGCCUUCAUUGGUUCAGACGGAAAACCAGUCACAGCACCAAUCCCCACCGUUGCCAAAAAAGAGCCCAAUUUGGAUCCUGAGAUGCUGGCAGAGCUUUGGUUCUUUUCUGAAUCAAAGUGGACUUCCAGAAGGAUGCAGUCCUGUAUGGCAGAAACGAAAGAAGGUAGCCCCCAAUCACAGAUGCCAUGAGCUAAGCCCCCUGCGCCCCUCAGCGAGAUGACAGCCGUGUAUCCGAGCGGGGGCACCGCUCACAGGGAUGUGGGGCCUGCCCCAGAAAAUGUGGGGCCCGUUCUGGAAAACACGGGGGCCACUCUUGAGAGCGUAGGGCCUGCCCUUGAUAGCGUGGGGCCCGUCCUGGAAAACAUUAGUCCCACCCUCGAUAGUGUGGGUCCCGUCCUGGACAACGUGAGGCCCGCCCUCGAGAACGUGGGGCCUGCCUUGGGGAAUGAGGGCCCUGCCCCCGGCAGCCAGCGUUAUGCUCGCUGGAGCCGGCAGGACAGCUCCGACAUCUGCACCGAUGACGAGGGUGUGGCCCCGCGCCGGCUCACGCCGCUGGAGAAGCUCAACUUGGACAUGUGCCAGGACGAGAAGAUGGUCCGCGAGCUGACAGUCGGCCGCCGCAUCGGCUUCUACAAGAUCCGGGGCGAGAUCGGGUGUGGCAACUUCUCCCAUGUCAAGCUGGGCGUUCACGCCCUCACUAGAGACAAAGUGGCGAUUAAGAUCCUGGAUAAGACCAAGCUGGACCAGAAGACCCAGCGGCUGCUCUCCAGGGAGAUCUCCAGCAUGGAGCGCCUGCACCACCCUAACAUCAUCCGUCUGUACGAGGUGGUGGAGACGCUGUCCCGCUUGCAUCUGGUGAUGGAGUACGCCGGGGGAGGGGAGCUCUACACCAAAAUCACCACCGAGGGCAAGCUGUCCGAUAUUGACAGCAAGAUCGUUUUCUCUCAGAUCCUCUCUGCUGUCAAGCACAUGCAUGACAACAGCAUCAUCCACCGGGACCUGAAGGCGGAGAACGUGUUCUACACCUGCAGCACCUGUGUGAAGGUGGGUGAUUUUGGCUUCAGCACCGUCAGCCGCCGGGACGAGACCCUCAACACCUUCUGCGGCUCGCCCCCCUACGCAGCACCGGAGCUCUUCCGGGACGAGCACUACGUGGGGGCCUACGUGGACAUCUGGGCGCUAGGCAUCAUGCUGUUCUUCAUGGUGACGGGCACCAUGCCAUUCCGUGCCGACACGGUGGCCAAGCUGAAACGCUGCAUCCUGGAGGGCACCUACGUGGUGCCACCAUUCGUGCCUGAGCCGUGCCAGCGGCUGAUCCGCGGCAUCCUGCAGCCGGUGCCCGCCGACCGCUGCACCCUGGACCAGAUGAUGGGCUGCGAGUGGCUGCUGCCCGUGGAGUUCCCUCGGGCCAUGGAGCCCUUCCGCCUGGACCCGCUCUACCUGGCGGAGGCGGAGCCAGGCGAGCUGGACGAGGACGAGGUGGAGGUGAAGACCGCCCUGGAGGCACUGGGCAUCACGGCCGAGCACAUCCGCAACAACCAGGGCAAGGACUGCCGCAGCUCCAUCACCGGGGUCUACCGCAUCCUCCUCCACCGCGCCCACAAGCGCCGGGCCAUGGAGAGCAUGCCUGUGGUCACGCAGGCCGUUGUAGAUCCCAAGAAGGACCGGCUACGGGCCUACCGAAGCCUGCGCCACACCUCCAAACUCUGCACCAUCCUGUAACC